ACUGCUUCCGUUUAAAUUCGGUGUUUUCUUUACAACAAAACACCUCCUAAUUUCGUUGAAAACAGAAGGUUUUACACAUCGGAUCAUCUUCAAAAUAUAUUCUAUUCAAACUGGAAGUAUUCUGUAUGUUGUUGGCUGCGUAACUUUUGUAGUUACUGAUUUAGAACUGACAAGAUGGGGUGUGCUGUGAGCACUGAUGACAAAGUUGCCGCUGAGCGAUCGAAACAAAUCGACAAAACACUGCGAGCGGAUGGCGAAAAAGCGGCUCGUGAGGUCAAACUUCUGUUACUUGGUGCUGGCGAAUCAGGAAAGAGCACAAUUGUGAAACAAAUGAAAAUUAUCCAUGAGAAGGGCUACUCGAAAGAAGAAUGUCUCCAAUAUCGACCGGUUGUCUAUAGCAACACGAUACAGAGUAUGGUCGCUAUCAUCAGAGCAAUGGGACAGUUGAAGAUCGAAUUUGGUCACCCAGAACGAGCGAACGAUGCCCGGCAACUGUUUGCCCUCGCCGGUAAUGCUGAUGAUGGUGAACUUUCACAAGAUCUGGCUGAAGUAAUGAAGCGGUUAUGGAAGGAUCACGGAGUGCAGCAUUGUUUCAGCCGGUCACGAGAAUACCAGCUCAAUGACUCGGCCUCUUAUUAUUUGAAUGAGUUGGACUGUAUAUCUCAACAAGGCUACAUACCCACAGAACAAGAUGUACUGAGAACUCGCGUGAAAACAACCGGCAUUGUCGAAACCCAUUUCACAUUCAAAGAUUUGCAUUUCAAAAUGUUUGACGUUGGUGGUCAGCGGUCUGAACGAAAGAAGUGGAUCCAUUGUUUUGAGGGUGUAACUGCUAUCAUUUUCAUAGUGGCUAUGAGUGAAUAUGACUUAACGUUAGCAGAGGACCAGGAAAUGAACCGAAUGAUGGAGAGUAUGAAGCUGUUUGACUCUAUCUGCAACAACAAGUGGUUCACAGACACGUCUAUCAUCCUCUUCUUAAACAAGAAGGAUCUGUUUGAGGAGAAAAUCAAAAAGUCACAACUGGCGAUCUGUUUCCCUGAAUAUGCUGGGUCAAACACUUACGAGGAGGCUGCAGCCUACAUUCAGAUGCAGUUUGAGAAUCUAAACAAGAGGAAAGAGACCAAGGAAAUCUACACCCACUUUACAUGUGCCACCGAUACCGGUAAUGUCCAGUUUGUAUUUGAUGCUGUCACCGAUGUCAUUAUCAAAAAUAACCUGAAGGAUUGUGGUUUGUUCUAGAACUGCGUCACUGGAAUAGAGGCAGCGAUAAGCUGCUGUAGAGAAUGCACAGACCACCAGUACUUCAAUCAAAACCAAAGAUCAUUGGCUAAUUAAGACCAUGGAUGGCCAAAUGAGAAUUAGCUCUGCUUACCACCUGUUGUUGGUGGCUGUUUGUAACAGUACAUGUAGUGGGUCAAACCUGAACCAAGGCUUCAUUGUCUUAAGAGAUUGUUUCUGGACUUUAUUAGCUCACAGUUUGUGUAACAGUGGUUAAUAUCAGUGUGAACAAUAGAGUUGUUAUGACAAGUGUUGUUUGCAGGCAGGUCAAUCAAAAAGAGCCGUUGUAGCCUGAUUCAAAUAGGCCGACAUGGGGUAUUUUCUUUCUUUAUAACUUUCACGUUUGACACAAUGCCUGAGCUUUGGAUGUUGUGUCACUGCCCACACAUCAGCCUGGUUCUCAGACAGCAGCAUGACGUUUGGUGUUGUCUAGUAGAAAAUAGCAUUCGACAAAGCCUCGUUCCUCUAUGUGUGAAGCAAAACUUGUCCUUAAAAUAUCUGGUCGAUAUAUCAGUCUAAUCAGAUGUAAACUUGUGUCAUUGGCUUUUUUUCUAGACGAUAUUGACUAGGACUUCAAAUUGGCUUUGGUAUGGUGAGAAGGUUGCAAAGGCACAGGCUUUAGUGUUUAUGGCCGGAGACAGAAGCAGAUGAAAUGCAAAUGAUCAUAACAUUUUCAUAAACAAGCGAUCAUAAUAUACUUUUUGAGAAUAAAUUUCAUAUACCCAGACAAAAUUCAAAAAUUAAUCUUUGUAAUUGAUUCUUAUAUUUGACUUCAGAAUAUAAAGAGAAUUUUUGAAAUUUUCUGAUUUGAUAAUGUUGAGAAAUUCUCACUUAAAACCUUUUUAUUUAGCAUGAGGUUAAUGAAUUAGUUGAAAGCAAUUUGUAAAUACUUUAUUUAAAUACUGUGUAUGAUAUUAUAUAAAGCAGUCUAUCUGUAGAACUCGACAUGAAAUAGUUAGAUUUUCCUCGUUUUCUGAAGACUUAGUUAGUCUAAUUUUUUGACUAGUUGCAGAAAAUUUGGAAUUUCCGUGUUAACAUAAAUGGUUGGCAUCAUUUUCACUGGUAGUAGGCCUACUCCGAGUAUAGGCUCAGUAAGGACAGUUUAUCAAUAUCUUGGAUUGUCAGCAAAAUUCGAGAAUAAAACGGGAUGAAACGUUGGAGGAGAAGCAAUUGGCACUACUCUCUUAUUUUUGAUGUUUUCUGGGGAUGAUGGUCAAUCACUUAUCUGCAAAUCUUGGCCAUUGCUAUCACAACAGGAACUUUAUACCGAUAAUCCAGUCUUGAUAAUCAUCUUCAGAGCAGUCUAUAGCCGCACUUACACCACCUGAAAAUGGACCACCAAUCUUGGUUCGGGAACCAAUGCCGCACCAUCGAAAAUCCACCAAGCGCUUACACCAGCGCUGCAGCUAGUUAUAAAAUCCGGCUACAGAUGGCGCGCAGACAAUAAAUUGCAUGCGCAGAAAGCGCCAUUUCGAAAGCUCCGCCUGGAGCCGAACCAUCUAACUAGCUAAUUGCCGAUCCAUUUGCGCGUACACCAUGACAAAGCCGAGCUUUUAACAAGCCGGGUGAAUUUGGACCAUCAAGCUUGGUGGGACAAAUUCGCUCGGCAAUGGAUUGCCGAACCAAUUUGUCGCGGCAAUGUGGUGGUGUAAGUGCAAUUGGUCCACCAAUAUUUCGUGGUGUAAGCGCAGCUAAAAUUCCUCUUCUAGUUUCAAAUCAUGUUAAUUGGGACCAUAUCCCCUUCUCUUUAGAGUUAUUUUUAUACAAAAUGAAUCAAGAAUCUUGGGAUGCAAUCAUGUCUUAGUUCUUAUUCCCUAGCUUUGAUGUGUUUGGGGCCAAGUUGUCAGUUGUAGCAGAUGAGUUUGUGGUGUAAAUCAGUGAGUCACUUGAUUCAAACUUAACAUCAUACAUAUACAUGCAUAUACCUCAACUCUGAGCAGACCAUGAAGUUUUUUACAGUAGAAUAUUACGUCGUGUAUAACGCUUAAAAACUAACCAUGCAAACUAUUUGCUUAUUAGAACUUACAAGUGAAUUUGCUUUGAUAAUGUAAGAUAUAGAUGAGUUCACCAGUAGUAAUAAUCAGUCAUAGCAUUUAUUACUUUUCUAUCUAAUCAUUAGUCCAACAAUCGGAGGAAUACCGACGAGGUAUACGUACCUUUCCGAUGUCCAUGCAUUUGACAUUUUUGAGUAAAAGUAGAUUCCAUAUUUUGUAAGGUCCUGUUUUAUAAUGGCAAUAUUUUCUCGGGUGCAUUGUACAUCUUCAACCAAAAAUGAAUUGAAUAUGCCAAGUUGUUAGGUCAUACGUAAAUAAUCCUGCCUUUGAACUUAAUAGCUUUACCAAUACUUUUGUGAACAAAUCUUGAUACUUAAUCCAUUUUCUACUGCCUGACUUGCCUUUGAGCUUUAAACAUGCAGGGGAAAGCAUUUCAGCCAUUUUGUCUGAAACAGUCCAUUGUUCUUUUAUCCAUUGGCAUUACGAAUUGAUUACUUAAUAAGAUAUUUCUCUUUCGCAAACAUCAUUUGUCCCAUUUGGCGUAAUUGUAAAAGUUCUGUUAUACAGAUAUAUUGAUAUAUUAUCCUGUCGUUCUUUACUCUGCUCAGCAAAAGUUAGCUUGGUACUUGAUAGCAAUAAUGUUGCAGUGAUUUGAAUGGACGGUUUAUCCUGAUUUUACCAAGAUGUUGUACAAAUAAUUUGAAUGUUUUCAAUAUCUUGACAAACUUGGGGUGUUUGAUGACAGGUUCUUUGAUAUAUGGUAGGCAGUUUGUUUGGUACCCAGUGAUGAGUCAUAUACAAUUUGUAAUAGAGGUAUAUUUUUAGGUGAAGUGAAGAAGCGGUUUAGAUUUCCGUUGUGAUGUUUUGCUAGAAGAAUCAUGUUAAAUUGUUCUCCGCAUUGUGGCAAUCACUUUGUUAUGAACGAGCUCACACCAUUUUCAGUAUCAACCAUUUCUAUGAGAAGUCUUGUAAGUUAUUUAUUAGAUGUCGUGUUGUUUCCCUGGUUCAAUUAUAUCUCAUAAAAAAGGAUCACAUAAAACUAUCCUCCAAACUUCGAAAACAGAAUGUUCGUCUCUAAAGCUCAACCCUGCACAUUUGUUUUGGUUAGUUGGGUAUUUUUGUGGCUCAAAUUUGGUUGUCAACUUCAAAAGGCUAAAACCAGUCAACCAAAUAAAUAAUACUGAUCACUGUUAUACAUUUGGAUGUUGUGCUGUAUUUAACAGAAGGUGUCAAGAAUAACAGGACUCUCAAAGCAAUCAAGGAUAUUCCUGCCGAUUGGCACUUCUUUCACUUUGAUUCCACAUUUGCAAGUGACCUUUGAGUUGGAGAAUGCUGUUCCAAGACUUAGUAAUGUGGUGUUUAAUGUGCUUUGUGAUUGGUGGUACAGAUUUUGCUGGUUAGUGUUAGUGAUUGUUACUUUCACUGUGAUCAUAAGCUGAUUUUUCCACGAUAAGUUUAUUUUUGUAUGAUGAUGUUUAAGUCGGGGAUGGUUAUUCUUUAGUUAUUACUAGACCAGUGUACAAGCUAAAUGUAUACUUUUUUCGGAGAUACUGUGUCAACAGGUUUAUGCUGUGUGAGAGGCGUCUUUUUCACAUAUUCUAAAUGUACAGGUGCCCCUCAAAUGGCAUAAACCAGUCAUAACAGUAUAUGUAUCUUGCUGAGGACCAAUGUUGCCUUUUUAGGAGAAACUUGGGGGGGGGAGGUUCAUUCAUAUUCCAAUAACGCUGCACCUGGCAAAUCUUGCCUUGAAAUGUGAAAGGUUAUGUACAUGUAAACUCGGACAGAAUGUGUUAUUGGCUAACUAUGAAAUAUCUUCAUUGUCACAAUAAACUGAAUAUUCAUGAUCUAUAUAAAAUUA